AUGGUGCUGACGGAUCCUGAUCUUGUUGCUGUUGUAAACGCCAUGCUCGUGUCUCGCCAGGUCUUCCAGCGAAUCCUUUCCUAUCUGACAUAUCGUGUCGCCACAUCCUUGCACCUUGUGUGCUUCUUCUUUUUUGCGUGCUUUGCGCUGACGCCCCGCGACUACGGUAGCGAGGAUCCUGACUUCCAGUUCUUCCAUCUGCCCGUGCUGAUGUUCAUGCUUAUCACGCUGCUGAAUGACGGUUGCUUGAUGACGAUCGGCUACGACCGUGUUUUACCGGUCCCACUACCUGAGCAGUGGAAUCUUCGUUAUACGUUUGCGGGCGCUAUCAUUCUAGCAGCUGUUGCAUGUGGUUCAUCGCUUCUGUUGCUCUGGAUAGCUCUGGAGGCGUGGAGCGAUUCGUCGUACCCGGAUUCGUGGUUCCAUGAACUGGGUGUCCCUCAAUUGAAGCAGGGUAAGGUGGUGACGCUGCUGUACCUUAAGAUAUCUAUUUUUGACCUCUUGACACUGUUCUCUUCGCGAACGGGAGGCCGGUUCUUCUUCACGAUGGCUCCUGGUCUUGUGCUUCUGAUCGGUGCGAUUAUCUCUCUGUUUGUGUCGUCUAUGGCGGCUUCGUUCUGGCACGAGUCAAGGCCUGAUGGUCUCCUGACGGAGGGCCUUGCGUGGGGUAGUGCAAGUUACGAAAAGCUUCUGCCGUUGUGGGUGUGGAUCUACUGCGUCGUGUGGUGGAUUAUUCAGGAGAUUGUGAAAGUAGUCCUGCACGUGAUUAUGCAGGCCGUUGAUCUAUUCGGAUGUGUUUCAGAGGCGUAUGGCGGAAAGGUCAUUGAACAGUACGUGGAGGAGGAGGAGGAGACUCGGCAGCUGGUGAGGCGUCCGUACCAAAUGACCCCUGUGGAUGCUCCUAUUGACGCGGAUGAUAUGGGACCCGACGAAAAUGGUCACUUUUCACCUGUGGAUGUAUUCACUCCGCGUCUGGGUGAUGGCCCGUCUUCCGUUGACGUGUACUUCACAGUACCGAGAAAAGUAAAAUAG